CCCCUCCGAUCGGCGAUCGCCAUGGCGAACAAGCUGGUCUCGGAGAUGCGGCUGCCGCCCCACCUCGGCCACCUCCUCGCCGCGCGCCGCCUCACCACCGCCAAGGACGUGCUGUCGCUGCCGGAGGUGGAGCUCAUGGGCGUCCUCGACGCCGGCAUCCACACCGCCCGAGCCGCCAUCGCCCACGUCAGCGAGAUCGCCUGCCCUCCGUAUCAAACGGCGCUUGCGCUCCUAGAGACCGUCAGGGUAAGAGGAGAUGGGCGGCUGGCCACCACGCUUCGCGGACUGGAUGAGGCAUUGCGUGGAGGAAUCCCCGCAGGGAAGCUCACUGAGAUCGUUGGGCCCUCGGGGAUCGGCAAGACUCAGUUCUGUCUGAAGCUUGCAUUGCUAGCAGCAUUACCAGAAUGCUAUGGAGGUUUAAAUGGUAGAGUUGUGUAUAUUGACACUGAAUCCAAGUUCUCUUCACGGAGGAUGAUCGAGAUUGGUGAGAAAAGCUUUCCUCAAAUAUUUCAUCAAGAAGGCUUGGCCCAAACGAUGGCUAGGAGGAUUCUAGUUCUGCGCCCAACAUCAUUAUCUGAUUUCACCAAGAGUUUGGAACAGAUGAAAGUGACUCUACUUCAACAUGAUGUGAAGCUACUCGUUGUUGAUAGCAUGGCUGCUCUUAUGUCCUCUGAGAUCGAGAAAAGCCCAACAGGUCCCAGACAACAUCCCCUAAGAUGGGCUCUUUCAUUUCUUAAAUCUAUAGCAGAGUUCUCACAGAUUCCUGUUGUUGUUACAAACCAAGUACACAGUCAAAGUAACGAUGAUGGCUAUCAUUAUUCAUUUGAAGGUGAGAAGAAGGAUGACAGUAGUAGUGCUGACAGGUUUGAAUCUCAUCUUGUUGCUGCUCUAGGAAUCCAGUGGGCUCAUGCUGUAACUAUACGUCUAGUCUUUGAGGCUCACUCAGGUCACAGGUUCAUCAAGGUAGCUAAAUCACCUAUGUCUCCAGCAGUAGCUUUUCCCUUUACUGUGGAGUCAUCAGGAAUAGUAUUACUUAGUGACGAGGGCAUUGAUGUGCCAGGCCCUGAGAUAACCUCAAUUCGUUGUCAAGGAGAAAAUGUCCUGGCUCAGUGACUAUUUGAAUGCUACUGCACUUACAACUAACAAGAGGAAGAAGAAGCAGGUGGCCGAACCGGCGGCGCGCGUGUCCUCCACCUCCACCACGGUCAGACCGACGCCGCAGACGUCGCGCACCAAUGAGGAGGGCGCCCUCGCGCGCUGCGCCGUACCGCGCGCGUUCAAGAACCGCAAGGACGACGAGCGCCGCUCGCGGGAGAGCGCGCCAGCGAGCAACCCGCGCGUCCCGCCGCCGGCGCCGCCGGCGCCGAUCGAUGCCUUGUCGGCGCAAGACGCGCUGAGCGCCGCUAUCGCAAGUGCGCGUCAAUUUCAGGACAAGCAGAGGGACGUCGCACGCCGCGCGGCACAGGGUGGAGGCACGGCGGGAGCUGGAGAAGAUGAUCAGGACCAUGUUGUUCAACGAUCCCUACAUCUCACCCCUGGAUGUGCUCAAGCCCUGAUCGAUCAUGGUGUCCUCAGAAGUUUUGAAUCCCUUCUUAGGGUUUGUUGAAUUCAUGAGUAUUUGUUAAUCGAGUAUGUGUUAUUGUCGUAUUAAUGUCUGAAUCAUUGGCAAUUUUGCUGUGAGCCCAUGGUCUAACAUAAUUCUUUCGUUGAACCUUUUAGUAAUCAUGAAGAGUAAUACAAGAUAUAACUAUAAUAUCUAUUGUGAACUGAACAAUAAGGCUGUUAGUAAAUAUAUGCCGGU